AAUCAACCAUAAUAACCAUAAUCACAAUCCUAUCGUAUUCACCCAGCCUGGUAGAAUGAGCGACCAGCAAAAGGCCCGCCGGAAGCUUGGGAAGGUCUUCCACAUCCUUGCAAAGCCCACGACGCGAAGAGACACGACAUUACACAACAUCGAGACCGCGGUUGGCAUCCUGCAACAGAAUCCGGGUCUGCAUUCUCUGCCGUUUACCAUAAAGGGCUCAAACUUGGGAAGAAAUCCAAGCCUCCCACUUUUUCAUGUCGCGGCCUUUGGGGCUUCCGACAAUCAGCUCGUACGAAUUCCAGGCCUUUCCCUCGGUCUCGGAUCGAAGGAACAUCACACGAUGCCACCACCGCAAGUCAUCUUGAGACUAUUGAAGGCCUACCAAAAUGAUGACGAUUGCUUGAAGCAGCAAGAUUGGAAUCUCAUUCUGACUACCUUGAUGGACAAGUGCCCAGGCUUAAACUCCGAAGUAGGCGUACUUUUGAUCAGAACCAUCGCAGAAGCUGAAACAUCAGUGAUCAAUCACGGGUCCUUUCGAAAGGCCCUUGCAUUAAAUCUUGAUCAAAGCAUCCUGGACGUAUUCAUCCAAAAUUUGCAGAGUCCAAUCAAAACAUUGACAGUCGAAUUCAACAGCAACGUUUAUUCUGAUAAAAGCCCGUACACGAGCCGUCGUCCCUUUCAGCUUACAGGAAACCAAGUCAAGGGAGCGGCAGCGGUUCUGCCAACCCUGGAAUCAUUUUCCUGCUUAUGUCCCAUGACUGACACGGCUGAAAUAACUUGUUACCCUGAGAUCGAACGAGAGGCUGACAGAACUUGUUACUACAGACCCCAAGUGUUUCUCGAUUUGGUUCGUUCCGUUGCCACACUGGGUGUCAAUUUGAAGCGAGUAUCCUUGACGAUUCCAGCGAUAUGCAUAGAGAAGAAAUCCCUUUCAGCAUUCGGGGGCUGGUUUGAGCUUUUGACAGGAAAGAGGUGUCGACCUCUCGAAGAUUUGACCAUCAAUUUCCAACGCGGUCCGCGUUCCAUGCUUGGCUCCGAUGGACUUGUUGAGUUUGAAAUGAUGUGUUUCGUGAGAUCCCUCGCACGUCGGAGGGAUCCGUUGCAACGAAUAGUCCUGGACGGUCGUUUUCAGGGGAACAGAAUUCUCUCCUCUCGGUUCAUUUUGGAAUUGCUAAAGCUUCCAAAUAAUGCAGCCAAGACGGUUAUCAUUCAAAACUUCACUGACCGCAGCAACUGUUACGAUGUCAUCGAGGAGGUAGGAGCAGAGGAAUGGGCGAGCUCUGGGGUGGAAAAUCUGAAGAGUGCGGCCCCAGUCCCCUUAAGUGUUUCCCGCCUAUUCCUUACCCCAAAAAGUCAUGCAGCAAACCUGCAAAGCUUGACUCUUCAAUUCCAAUUCAGAUACUCCCGCAUUUUUAUAGGCGAUGACGAGCCAGAGGAUGUCACCGACGACGUCGUGAGACUCUUGUCAGAACCAAGGCGACUCCAACACUUGUCGCUUUCCGGCGAUUGCCAAGCAAUCCGCAUCGAUCCGAUCUGCAAACAAUUGGAAAACAAUGAGAGUCUUCAAACCCUGGAUGUUGUUUUUGGUGACUGUUGUGUAUGCAUCCUAAACUUGCUGCGGUCGGGUCGGAACACACGAUUGACCAGCUUUGCCAAGGAGACGCGAUCACACAGGACAGUGCAACGAAAGUUGCUCCACGAGAUUGAUUGCUGGACACAUCUCAACUUGUUUGGGCGGGGAAAAGCUAGCAGUUCCAAAGCAUCAUUUGUGCGCUUUUUGAUUUCGCUAACGAGGCAGGAGGACGUCCCCUCGACGUUCCAUUAUGCAAUGCUUCGCGAGAACCCUGCUCUGUGGACAAAUGCCAACGAGGCGGAGCUACCAAAGACGACUCUUCCCUCCAGCAACCCAAACAGCCAAUGUGCCAAGCGUCUCGCAGCCGUCAAUGGUGGAAAGUUGGCUGUCCAAGGUCCCACGGCAAAGAAACCAAAGCUCUGAGGAGCUGCCAAGUGGCCACGGACCAGGAAUCGCAGCCUGCGUUCUGAAACAUGAUCGUAACUGUAAUACAUGAAAGAUGACAGUAGUUUGUUGGAUCCAUGUCAUAUUGCUCUAAGUCCAGAGUAACCAAUGCUCGUAGUGCUGAUUGCUUAACCCCU